AUGUCAAUGCCAUUUUCCUUUGGGAGUCGCAAGGACCGACGGGUCUCUGACCCAGAUGGAUUCGCGGAGAGCUUCUCUUCGUUGCCGGUAACAGACUGGUCCGGCUCGGCCGAGGAGUUCCUCGAAAUGACGAUCGAUUUGCGACUCGGGGAUUCCUUCGUGCUACGCAACGUGGAGCCCGCAGUCGCCGUCGAAGUUUCCGGCUCAGAGCCGCAGAUCACUUCUGGCUCCGCUUUCGGAUCACGAUCGAGAUCUCAGAGCACACCGCCGAGCCUCCGGCUCAGAGAGCUCAAGGCGGUGGCCAUGGCGAAGCAAUUCUCCGAUGAUCUUACUGCGAGGCUGAAGGAGAUCUCAUGGCGAGGAUGCGGUCACUCGACUCGUUCGGCGCCGGAGACCGUUUCUUACGGCGGCGGAAUUAUCAACUCGGCUGUUUUCUCUCGGUCGUUGAGUAAGCGACCAACGAAGACUCAUCAUAGUGGAUCCCCGACGGAGAGAGCGAUCCGCGGUUUGAGAUUCAUCAGCAGCAAGGAGAAUGGCAUCAUCAUCGACGCCUGGGAGGAAGUCCAAAGAAAAUUCGAUGAACUUUCCACAGACGGUUAUCUUCACCGCAGUGAAUUUGCUCGAUGCAUAGGGAUGGAAAACUCGAAAGAGUUUGCAGAGGAGUUGUUCGAUGCAUUGUGCAGGAGAAGACAGUCAAUGAUCGCCAAAAUCAGUCGAGAUGAACUCUAUGAGUUUUGGUCUCAGAUCACGAACGAGAGCUUCGAUUCUCGGCUGCAAAUCUUCUUCGACAUGUUGAACACGAAUGGAGAUGGUAGAAUCACAGAGAAUGAAGUAAAAGAGAUAAUUAUGAUAAGUGCCUCGGCAAGUAAUCUAUCGAGGCUGAGAGAACGAGCAGAAGAAUAUGCCGCCUUGAUCAUGGAAGAGUUAGCCUCUGAUGAGCUCCCGUACAUAGAGGUAAGGCAACUAGAGAUACUAUUACUAGAAAAAGAUAUCUCUCAUAGCUACAGUCAAUCAUUCCGCACAAGCCGGGCCUUAAGCCAGAACCUACCGGACGUAAGAUGGAAAAUUCCUGUGAGGAGAAUGAGCAGAAACUUGCUUUACUCUUUGCGAGAGAAUUGGAGGAGGAUUUGGGUUUUAUCAUUGUGGUUUGUCAUCAUGGCCGGGUUAUUCACGUGGAAAUGUUUUCAGUAUAAGAAGAAAGAUGCAUAUCAUGUGAUGGGUUGCUGCCUCCUCAUGGCAAAGGGUGCAGCUGAGACACUGAAGUUCAAUAUGGCCUUUAUCCUUUUGCCCGUCUGCAGGAAUACCAUCACUUAUCUCAGGUCCACAGCUUUGUCCAACUUCGUACCUUUCAACGAUAACAUCAAUUUUCACAAGAUUAUCUCUUUGGCCAUAAUGCUUGGAGUGAUUCUACACGUUUCAAACCACCUUGUUUGCGAUUUCCCAAGGAUUCUAAGAUCAUCUGAAGAUGAUUACCGACGCUAUCUGAUUCAUUACUUUGGAUCAACCAGGCCCACAUACGUUGACUUGGUCAAAGGUCCCGUGGGAGUCACUGGACUUCUAAUGGUUAUCUGUAUGAUAAUUGCCUUCACUUUAGCUAGUCGAAGAUGCAGGCGAAACCUCACCAGGUUGCCAAAGCCAUUUGAUAAACUAACAGGCUUUAAUGCCUUCUGGUAUUCACAUCACCUACUUAUAAUUGUUUACGUGUUGCUAAUCGUCCAUGGUGUUUUCAUCUAUCUCGUGCAGAAAUGGUACCUCAAGACGACAUGGAUGUACCUUGCUGUGCCAUGUAUCCUGUACUCUGGGGAAAGGGUCUUGAGGUUCUUCCGUUCCAGGCUUUACACCGUCCAAAUCCACAAGGUCGCCAUUUAUCCGGGAGAUGUUGUAGCGUUGCAUAUGUCAAAGCCUCCUUCUUUUCAUCAUAAGAGUGGACAAUUUAUGUUCGUUCAGUGCCCUGCCGUAUCUCUGUUUGAAUGGCAUCCAUUUUCUAUAACUUCUGCUCCGGGGGACGACUACCUCAGCAUUCACAUUCGUCAACUUGGAGACUGGACAAAAGGGCUCAAAAAGGUAUUCUCAGAGGCAUGUGUGGCUCAUGAACCAGGAAAAAGCGGGCUUCUCCGGAUGGAAGGUUCAACCAACAAAAGUUUGCCUGAGCUCCUGAUAGAUGGACCAUACGGCGCCCCAGCACAAGACUACUGCAAAUAUGAUGUGUUGUUACUCAUCGGACUCGGAAUUGGCGCCACCCCUUUCAUCAGUGUCUUGAGAGAUUUGCUCAAUAACAUUGUUAGACAACAAGAACAAGCUGUGAAUAAAAUUCCCAAGCAGCAAAAGAAGAAGCCGGAGACCAACAAGGCGUACUUCUACUGGGUUACACGAGAGCAAGGCUCGUUCGAUUGGUUCAGAAACGAGAUGAACGAAAUCGCUGACCUUGACCAAAUGGAUGUCACUGAGAUGCACAACUACUUGACUAGUUUCUAUGAGGAAGGCGAGGCUCAAUCCAAUCUUAUCACCAUGAUCCAAUCUCUGAACUAUGCCAAGAACGGCGUCGACAUCCUUUCUGGAACCAAGGUACGGACUCAUUUCGGGAGGCCGAAAUGGAAGAAGGUUCUAACAAAGAUAAGCGACGAUCGCACUAGCGCCGCAAGAAUAGGAGUGUUCUACUGCGGAGUACCAGCCUUGGCCAAUGAACUCUCCCAACUCUGCCAUGAGUUUAACCAAAAGGGCUCUUCCAAGUUCGAGUUCCACAAGGAACAGUUCUAAAGAAGGAUAUUCAUAUUCACUCAGUCAAAAUAUCCAGGAACCUUUUUGAAUUGGGCCAAAUUUUGCUUACAUUCCUGGAGGUUAGAUGCCAAAACAAACAUGAAGAAAUGUAAAAGACUUCGUAUUCUUUACCUUGGGGGUAGUAUAUAUACUAUUGGGGAAUAUCUAGCUGUAUUAUGCCUAUAUGGCAACUUCCAUAUUGCAUUCGACAUUUCUAUUUGUAUAGCUAGGUUAAGAUGUUAGUCUUGGUCAAUACAUAAACGCAGACAUGUACGUAUGAAUAGAACAGAGAAGAUUUCUUGGA